AUGCUGACUCUACUACACCUACUGUCUCGUCUCUCCUACUCUUGCGUGGUAAGCGUUGUCAUCCAGGUGCACCUCCCUUACGUCGAGAAGCCCUUGAAGGACGGCCAACACUAUGGUUCUCCGGAUAACGAAGGCCAGCCUGCCAAUCUCGACGAUAUAUUUAACGAUAUAUCUGUUGGGGGAGAUAGAAGCGAGAUAGAGAAUGUUUGUUUAGCCGCGCGACGUUCUCCAGACAGUUACUUCUACCUUUACCUCAGUUUCCGUCGUCAAAAUGCCCCGGGUAGGAUGAAGAAUUUUCAAAGCGACAAUCUCAAGAGCUACGUCUCCAUCACCCACUGGGCAAUCUUAGGCAAAAUCUGCGACCGCAUCCAGACACAGACAUACAGCGAGCGAUGUGUCUAUCAAUAG